AGGCACUUCCCUCCCCCAGCCAGUGCUGGAGAGCUGCUUACAGCACGUCACCCGCUGUUUCCCACCCAGGCAUUGCAGGGCUGGCACUUCUCACAGGCAAGUGUGUCCCCUGCUCGCAGUCUCCCAACUUUGCUUUGCACCAGGAAUUACAAUGAAUUUUGCAGCACAGAUUCUCUACUCCAGGGUGUUAAAAAACAGAAGUCCCAGGGACCGCACCAGGGAAGAUGAAGACUACGAUCCUUUCUGGCAAAGGUUGGAGAAUAUUGGUGUCUGACUUAGAGCUAGAGUGCUCCUUUCUCCCCCUCAGGGGUCAUGGUCAGCCCUCGGGGUCCACCCAGGGCCAGGCCCACGGACAUGACAACCCCUGGACCCCUCCUGCCUCCUUAUGGUGUCGUAGUUGGAGUUUUGCUUCACCUCGUUGUUUAUUUAGUCGCAGUGCUGUAUAGUUAUGCUGAGCAGCUGUUCUUGAAAAAGGAUGACAAUAAAAUAAAGAAACAAGAUGCCCCAGCACUUUGUGAUCUUCACUGUUGUAAGGAUGAGCCAAUAAGAAAUGGCCUUAUUGGGCAGAAGCCACCUUCUAUCAACCCUGAGAGACUGAAAGAUUUUGGUGAGGAGGAUUACCUGAACGGGGAUGUGAAGACCUGGGAAAUGAAGAUAGUGAGCCGUAAUGAGGAGUUACUUAGGGAUGCCCUUUCCCGCAUCCCUCAGUCAAGCAGUAGGACCAGCCUGUCAAGCUCUAACAAGCUGAUUCGAUUUGAAGAUAUUAGUGCAGCAGCUUUCAAAAUCCAGUGUGGUGUUCAGAAAACCCCCUGCAUGUAUUCUAGGCUAUCCAAGCAGUAUGGAAUGGACAUCUACCUAAAGAAAGAGUUCCUCCAGUACACGGGAUCUGUGAAGGAACGAGGUGUACUUUACGUUCUGACAUCAUUGCCUCAGGAUCAGCAAAGAAAGGGGGUGAUCGUGGCUUCAGACAGUAACUUUUCCAUGGCUGUUGCUUACCACGCCUCAGAGCUCCGUAUUCCAGUGUUUGUCAUCAUGUCAACCAGCACGUCCCCGGCCAGAGUGAAAAUGUGCCGUGAGUAUGGUGCCAUGGUUAUAUCCUAUGGCACUACAGCUAAGGAUUCCCAGACGCACGCAAGAAGAUUGGCACAGGAAAAUGCUUACCUCUACCUCGAAGAGGAGGAUAGUGCUGUCUACCUGUCGGGCCUGGGAACCGUGGGGCUGGAGGUGUACGAGCAGGUGCCAAAGCUGGAUGCAGUGAUUUUCCCUGCAGGAGGCCACUGUGGCUUGCUGGCAGGGUCAGCUGCUGCACUCAAACACCUCAACCCACGUAUUUCUGUAAUUGGGGUUGAAUCUGAAAAUUUUCCUGUAUUGCAACAAUCCUUAAAGGCUGGCCACCCAACUGAAGACCAGGCUUGCAGCAAUCACCACUUUUAUGGAGAUGUGAGUGGGCUUUGCUUUGGCAGCAAUUCUUUGCAGCUGACUGGGAAACUUGUGGAUAAAGUUGUUGCUGUGAGGGAGGAGGACAUCCUCAUUUCAAUGCUGAGAUUGCUGGAGUAUGAACGAGCCACGGUUGAUGCAGAAGGGGCCAUUGGACUUGCAGCGCUGGUUGCAGGGAAGCUGCCUGAGUUGAAGGGUAAAAGAGUGGCGAUUGUCAUAUGCAGUGGAAACUUGGAAUUACAUUUGCUGCAACAGUGCAUAGCUCGUGCCCUGACCCUCGAUAACAGAGUGUGCAGAUUUUCCCUUGUGCUUUCUGACAGCCCAGGAGACAUUUCAAAGCUACUGGAGAUUUUGGCUCGGGAAGAAGCAAGAGUUUUGGAUAUCAAACAAGAACACACAUUUGUGACAUCUGAGCUCUUCACUGUCGAGGUCACCUGCACCGUGGAGACCAGAGACAAGAUCCACACAGCCCAGCUGAGGAACGCGCUCCUGGAACGCUACCCCACAGCCGCCUGGACGGAGCGGUGAUGGGCACAGCACAAGGGAAGGGGAUGAGGUCCUCUGACAAGUAUUUUACAGAGCCCUAAUCUUGAGGCAUUCAGAACAAAUAUUAUGUUUCAAAGCUGAACAGUUAGCAAAUAGUUUUGGGAUAUUUAUUUCCUGCUGAAAAUGUAGUGAAUGUCCUUGGGAAUAAAGUUGAACUCAAAACUUUAGCUUAGCUAAGGGAAACUUCUAGUGUCUGCUGGUGUUGGAAUUCAAUAAUUCAUUAUCAGCUGGCUGUCUGGAUUUUGGCUAGUAUGUAGGAUCCAAUGGCGUUCAAUAAAUAAACAGGGAGAAGGCAUUUUUCUUUACAUCUGAAUAGAGACCUCUCAAAGGUCUGUUGAUUUUCAUGCCCCUAGUUAAAGUAAUGCAGCUCCUUCUGCUGGAUUUUGCCAUACUACUAGUAUAGUAAUUUUCCAUUUCCAAGCCAGAAGCAGUUCUCCAUUUGCUGAAUCUGCUUCAGGAGAUAUAUACGUGUGUGCGGGUGUGGGUUUGAACACACUUCUGUUCUAAUCUUUGCUAUUAUGUGAGGAAAAAUUACGCUAAUAAAAUGCAAUUUAAACAAAACCAAAAAAACCUGGGAAGAUAAAAGCCAAUAUUGUAUUCAUUUUUUUUCCAAGGGAAAAUGAUCCUAUUUAUAAAGUAAGGUUCAAAAAGGUGUUGCAGCAAUUAAAAAAAAAAAAGUAUUCUGAAUAUAAUUAGACCUCAUAUGCAGAAAACAAAUGUAAUUCUUCCCUCUGCUUUUGGGGACUCAGUAGAAAAAGUAGCAUAUAAAAUGGCUUGUGUUUCUUUAUAAAAAGGGGUCUUUCCACCCAUGUGAAUUUUGUAAUUAGCAUUCCACUGAUCAUCUUAGUCUGCCUAAAACAGACUCUAUCCAUCUCACCUGACAGAUUAAGUACACUGUUAAGAGUGAAAUAUAUUUAAAGACCACAAGUUAAUAGCCAAAGUCAGCGCUGGGAGAAGAGGAAGCCUAAGUCUUAGGCACAUGGCUAAUGCAAUUAACAAAGAACACAUUGACCUAAAUACCAUAUUCAUCACUACAGGCAGAGACCAACUAAUAAGGUAACAGACUGGGAUGGCAAGAAACGUAAGAGAAAUUCAGGCCCACUUCUGAGUGUGCGUACAACAGUCGCCUUUCCGUUUGGGCAAAAUUCAAUUUAAGGCCAGCUGCAACAGAGCCAAUAUAUACCAUUCCACUUGGUUAAAUUUAACCAGGGUUGACCCCAAUUUUGAGUGUAGGUAUUUUAAUGAGAGGUCUUAAUCUUGCCUCUAGCAUAUCAAGUUGGUAAUUAAGUAUAUAAAAUAAAUAUGAUGUAUUUAGCAGUGCCCUAGGAGAGCCCAGCUGAAAAUCCAGCAAGGUCAGAGUGAGCGUCUCCAUGGGCUGCAUGGGAUCAAAUCAUUCCAGUUCCCACGUGCAGAGCUAGGUGAGCUGUUACUAAGUGUCCAUGAAAAACAACUUUUACUACAGCUUUUUGGGGAGAACAAUGCUGUAAGCCCAUAGUGAUGCUCCUUUGUUGUCAUAUUACAAUUUAUAAUUUGAGCUUCCAUCUUUAGUCCUCCCCUGCAGUUAGGAAUGGGCUUGCCAGUACAUUUCCUUUCCUGGUUCUGCAGUGGGAAACAUUUGUCUCUAAAGCACAAUCGAGAAGUAACAUGUGGAAGAGAAGAUGCCCUGGGGUAGGCGAAAGCUUUCUCUGCCCUCUCUUAACUCUAGUCCAUCUGUAGGCUAGGAAGGGCAUCAUCCAAAGAGUUAGAGCAACCUCAACAGAGGGUUGGUCCCUAUGGACUAAACAGAAUGAACUGCAUAUCCAGUCUUAUGCAGAUCUCAUCUGUAUUGUAUCUGGUACUGAUGGAUGUCCAGCUAUAUCUAUAACUUAACUUGUGCCUGCAAGGUGGGACAAAGAGGGCAGCAUUCUGGCUGUCUCUGCAGUAUUUUUUUCUGGGAAAUAAUCUGUUUGUUCCUUCUUAUUGUGGUUCAUGAAGGAGCAGGAAUAGAGAAGAGACUCUCGCAAAUGGUAGACAAAUAAUAGAAGUUCACUGAUCUGGUCUACUUUUGGAAGAAACAUGUUGGUUUGCACAUGGAACUAAGAAUUAUUGAUGCCCCAACGGUUAGUUUCUUUCCCUUCUUGCCAUCCAGGAUGGGUAUAGGGCUUGGUCUCCAGAACAUGUCCUAUAAAUCACAGACUGUCAGACACAACUCCUUUCUUCACAGUCAGAAGAGUUUAAGAAAUCUGUAUAGAAAUAUGUGGUGACAGACUACAUACUGUGUACGUGCUAAUUCCCUUGAAACAAGCAGUGAACCACACAAUCAAAGAACAGAUUUGGGGAUGUAAAACCACUAUAAAUAAGGGUCUAAUUAUCCUCUCAUCUCUUUUGGCAAAACUUUCAGGACAUUUUGAGCAUAUCCCAGGUAUCUACGUGAGAAGAAAAGGGUACUUUAUGACCAAUGUUCUCAGUAGUGGCCAACAGCUUCUGCUGUCUGAGUCAUUGGUUUAUUGUCCUGCAUUAUCCUGGACUUUAUUAUUUUAGAAGCUCACAGCAUUAAUAACUUCUUUCCUAAUCAGUGGGAAUGGCAUUUAGCUAGUCUUCACAAAACUGGUGCAAGAGAGGUAGCAGAUAAAGCAACCAAAAAUCAAUGCACUCAAAACUCAAAGUCACUGUAUGAUUUUGAAAAUGUGUUUUGGGGGACAAAAAAAGGCAAAAAAAAAAAGAAGGCAAAAAAAAAAAGCAAAGUGAUGUCUAGAAGUUGCUUAAAAUGUCAAACAUGAUAUAUGCAGUUUGGUUUUACUGUAUUAAGUAUAAACAUAAAUUGUAAAUCACUCUUCAGUGGUAAACACUUCACAUGUGAAUAUAAUGAUACCAGAGUUGAUUUCCAUUCUAUAUUGCUUCUAUGUGAGUCCAUUGGCUUUAAAGCUAAGAUGAAAUACUUCCAAGGGAAAAAAAAAUCAAAAUUAAACAUUUAAAUGAAAGUAUGCAAUUGGAAAGAAUACUGAAAUAUGUGUGCUGCUAACCUUUUUGCAUUAUGAAAUAUAAUAGGACUGUGGCAUUUCAAAGAUCUAAUAAUGUGGUUUUAAAUGUUUCAUUUGAAGAAGUAUUUUUCUAUAGAGCGUUCUUAUGUACCUUGAAGGAAAAAUAUCUUUAAUGAUUAUGUAAAAAUUUCACAAAUUGUUAAAUCAGCAAAAUGUAAAACUAAGCAUUGUAUUUAUCUGAAAAAUAAUUAAAAUUAUGCUAUGCCACCUCAGCAAUGAAAGAUUUGUCAUUCUCUCAUAUAGUAUUGAUAGCAGCCUUGCAUUAAAAUCAGAGUUAAUUUU